GCGGCUCGUCCCCGGGCGCGGCGGGGCCGCGGCAGCGCGGAGCCGGCGGCGGGAUGUAUGGAUUUAUAAAUACGUGCCUGAAGUCACUGGUGGUUGAAAAGUAUGGUGAAGAAACAUGGGAAAAAUUAAGACUCCAGGCUGGAGUUCAGGAUACUUUUCUGACUUUUGAAGUGUACAAAGAUGAGAUUACCAUGCAACUCAUUGAUAAAGCCUGCAAAAUACUAGGUGUUCCCGCUGACAUGGUUCUGAGGCAGUUUGGCGAGUAUUUCUUUGAAUUUUGUAAACGUUCAGGCUAUGACCACAUGCUGAGAACGCUGGGUGGAAACCUCUAUGAGUUCAUAGAGAACCUGGAUGCGCUGCACAGCUACCUGUCCCUUUCUUACCAGGAGAUGAACGCACCAUCUUUUAGAGUUGAGAAGAAUGAAGAUGGAUCAAUGCAUUUACAUUACUAUUCAGACAGAAGAGGUCUGUGCCAUAUUGUGCCAGGAAUCAUUGGUGCAGCAGCCCUGGAUUUUUUUAACAUUGAUAUUUCAAUGGAAAUAGUCAAUCAGACCGAAGAGGAAGAAAGAACUGGGAAAAAAGAACAUAUUGUUUUCCUUGUCACUCAAAACCCUGUAUUUUCAUACAAAGAAAGAAAGAAAAUUUCUUCCUCACCUCAAUAUUUUGCUGCCUCUGAAAAUCAAAUCAAGAACCAACUGAAUAAAGAGGACCUUGAAAAAGCCAAUACAGUUAGAGACAGAGGAAGCCCUGUUUGUCCUGUCAAGAAAAGUCACUGGAAAACAAUCAGAGGAAUAAUUACACUGGGAAAAGGCAAACUCCUGAGAGGAUUUGAUCCUGUUUAUCCCAAGAGUCUCUGGAUUGACCCAAAAACAUUUUGCAAUGGACUUCCUUUUCAUAUGGUUUUUGACAAAGAGCUCAGAGUGAAACAAGCUGGGGUGAGCAUUCAGAAGAUUGUUCCUGGCCUUCAGACCGUGGGCAUCUGCCUGGAUCACUAUUUCAGUAUCAUUCACCCAGAAGUACCCUUCACCAUCUCUAGCAUUCAGAAAUUUAUCAACAGCCAAUUUGUUUUCCAGACUAGGAGGGAGAUGAUGCCAAAGUCAUGGCAGCAACGGCCAAUGCUAGAGCUGAGAGGCCAGAUGAUCUGGAUGGAGCCCCUGCAGUGCAUGCUCUACCUCUGCUCCCCUUUGCUUCGCACUUUGCAUGAGCUGGAAGAGCGACAGAUGCACAUUGCAGACAUUGCCCCCCAUGACGUGACCAGGGAUUUGAUUCUGCUCAAUCAGCAGCGACUGGCGGAGAUGGAGCUCUCUAACCAGCUGGAGAGGAAGAAGGAGGAGCUGCGGAUACUCUCGAAGCACCUGGAAGAAGAAAAGAAAAAGACUGAAGCUCUGCUCUAUGCCAUGCUUCCUCAGCACGUGGCCAACCAGCUAAAGGAGGGGAAGCGAGUUGAGGCAGGGGAGUUCAGAGAGUGCACCAUACUGUUCAGCGAUGUUGUGACCUUCACCAACAUUUGUGCCCAAUGUGAGCCUAUUCAGAUAGUCCUCAUGUUGAAUUCGAUGUACCUACUAUUUGACAGACUGACUACGGUGCAUGACGUGUACAAGGUGGAGACGAUUGGAGAUGCCUAUAUGGUAGUCGGUGGGGUCCCUGUGCCCGUAUCCUCUCAUGCAGAGCGGGUUGCUAACUUUGGCUUGGGUAUGAUAAUAGCCGCAAAAGGAGUAAAGAACCCAGUUUCUGGGAAUCCUAUUCAAAUUAGAGUUGGGAUCCAUACAGGUCCUGUCUUGGCUGGAGUUGUUGGAGAAAAGAUGCCUCGUUAUUGCUUAUUUGGAGACACAGUGAAUAUAGCCUCCCGGAUGGAGAGUCAUGGUGUCCCCAGUAAAAUUCAUCUAAGCUCCAGUGCCUAUCAAUGCCUAAAAUACAAGAAUUUUGAGAUGACUGAAAGAGGAGAAAUAGAAGUGAAAGGCAAAGGGAAAAUGCACACCUACUUCCUGGUUAGGAAUAAAACUGCGACUGAGAAUGAGAUUAUGGGAAGGCCAGUGAAAGAGUCAGAUUCUGGUCAUGAAUCUGUUCAGUCCUUUGAAGAGGGCAGGACUGAAACAAUACCAAGUUCUCAUCAGUCAGUUAUGCAGGCUCAGCCAGGGAAGAACCAGCCAACAGCCAUUGCAAUGAAGUAUACUGAUGGUCCCACAGAUGCACAAAACAGCCGCAAAGGAAGAAAUCAAGCAAAAAUUGCAGAUUUAACAGGCAAAACUUAUGAUUCCAAAAGCUAUGGGAGUCUCCAUGGCAACCAGCAUUCAGAUGACGAUCCUUGUCCUCUAAACCGGGAACGAGUCAAACCAGCUACUGAAGAGCCACAGAUUAGAGAUGUCCGCUCUAAUUUUUGCAAUUUACUCUAAGUUUCUGACUUAUGUUAAACAGAGCCAUUUUAUUAUGAUUUACUACAUUUUGCUGUUGUGGGACUGAUUUUGUAUAUCAAGCAGCACAUGCUAUUGUAAAAAAAAAAAAAAGGGAAAAAAUGCAUUUCAUCACAGUUUUCAAGAAAAAGAAAACAAUGGAGCAUAAUUCUUUUUUUAAUCAUGCUACAUGUGCCAUAUAACGCUCCUACUGGAGAAUGAAAACACUACAAGAUGGUUGGAGAUGUAUUUUUCAGCCUCUGCCUUGUCUUUGAAACACCUGAUGUAAAAAUCACUUCUUAGUAUCUCAUGCAGCAAUUGAGAAAGAGGUGACUCAUACAACUAGAAAUAUUCCUACUCAAAUGCGCAUUUGCAAUAAAAGAAACUUUCCCUGAAGCAACCAUCUAUCUUGUCUUCAUCACAACCAACAGCUUCCCUAAGUAAGGUCAGCAGAAUUUGAUCUACAUUACAACUAUGAUGACCAUUGAAUCUCUUAACAAGUCUUUUGUUGGGUAAAGGCAUUGUGUAGUAGAACUGCAGGCUAGAUUUAGAUCUAAUACAACCUCUAUUUUCCAUCACGAAUAGAGAAUAUUGUGUACUUCAUAGCACAUAACUGUUAGAAAACAAUGUGCACUCUUUGAGCCAGCUAUCCAUGCUGUACUUAGAAGAUUUUAGAAGGAAAUGCAUAUUUAGCAUCAAAUUCAUCAUAGUACUGAAGGCCAGUUCAAGCUGCCUAUGAACCACUUCAGACCUUCAAUGUAGGUUUCAGUUUAUUUCUCAUAUUCCUUCCCCAGCUAAACAAAAGUAAGAUUUCAGAACUACAGAAGGAGCAUGUCACUGCUGAAAUUAAUGCCGUUAACAUCGUUUAAAAUAAGUGUUAAAGAUCAACAUCACUUACCUGGUAUCAGAGGCUCCUUAGAUGAAUGAAUGACUUCCAUUCUGAUAUAUUAUUAAUCAGUAAUGGCAGAGCAAAACUGGAGUUCAGCUGCAGGGAUUUAAGAUUUAGGAGCAAGAAUACAAUGGAUAUAAAGAUUGUGGACAGCGUGGCACAUCAUAAAUUGUCCUCUCAUUCCUAUGAAUCCAGCUUGGAGUCGAUGGAUUGUACUGUAUGCUGGAGGAGUUUGACAUUAAGUGCACCCUACACUGAUGAUCUUUGGGUAUGGAUUCAUCAUCUAAGGAUGUGAACAGAAGACUCAAUUGAACUUGGAGCAAGAACUCACUGGAGAUGAUAUUGUCACUCCUCUGUUACAGUCUGGAGCAUCACAUUUCCACCUCAGUAUCUGCAGGAAGAGUGAAGCUCGUCUUUAAACACCAGGCAGAGAGGUAAGACUGAUGAAAGGCAUCUCAUCCUCUCUGUAGUAGAACAAGAUGAAAUUUCACCUGGUUGAAAGUCCUUUUUAAAGCUCUGAGACAGUAGCUCCUUUGGCUGGGUGCUCUUUGACGCUGUCCAUGUCAGCAAGUAGUGCAGACCAAAGGAGAAGGAUAUGCAGAGUGUUGAUUUCCACCCUACAAGAAUUUCGGAGUGUUUUCUAGAGUGGUCCCAUACACUGAGUAUCUGUUAGGUUUUGUAGCACAUUAGGAGUACAUUUUCUGACUUAGUCUCAUCCAGAAGAGGUUGGUUCAUGUGCUUUGAGAUGACUCCGCAAUGUGAACCAAAGCAUGGUAAGUGGGGGCGAUUAGGAAAUUCACUUCAGAAGUGUACUCCUGAUCCUGACUAAAAUGCUAAUGUAGACGUACCAUUUAAUGGUUUAAUGUCAGCACUUUCCACAAUGCAACUGAGCAAUACCAUUCUGGAAGAGUGAAGCUUUAUGACUGUCAAGAUUUUUAUUUUUUAUUUUAUUUUUUUAAAGUUCAGGAUAUUGUUAUCUGGGAAAUAUUCAUUAUUUUGGAGACGUAUCUCUGAUAUCUGCUGUAGGGCAAAGAUGUGUCUAAGCCUAACUAUUUUUAAGCUGAGCGUUAAGGUUUUAGAUGUUUGAUUGUGUGCCACCCUUAGACGCACAUCUAAACUUCACAUUCGGCCCUAGUAAUUCCUCCCAGAGGAGUCCUCCCUCCUCCUUCCAGAGCUCACGGCUCUGCACUUGCAUAUUGUGGCCGCAGCUUUAUAAAAACUUUCCUAAAGAGAGAGAGUGCCCGAUUUCUCUCUCACUCACAGUGGCAUAAAUCUAAAGUAGCAGUUAAAUCAGUGCUAUUCUACUGAUUUAAGCUGAGAAUUAACUCUGACAAGACAAUUUUGUCUGCAGCCCAGAGGCUCAUUUCACUACUCGUGACUAGUCAUGCUAGUAGAACAUGUCUUAGCAAAUGUCAGUGAUAGACUCGCUCUUUGUCUGCCUUUGCUGUGGAGACAGGCAGCCCCCUGUGCCCACGCGCGGUGAGACAGAGGACUAUCUCCGGUGGCCAGUGCUAAUGCGGGAGGGAGCCUCUCGCUGCCUCACCUCCUCUCACAGGCUCUUACCUGCGUGGUUGAUCAUCACUGACCAGCUCUCCCACAGGAAGGAUUUCCAGUUGGAAACACUGUGCAGCUCCAACAGGUUCCUCGCCUGGCCAUCAGCGUUUAGGAUCAAGUAUGUAUUCCAGUGUGGUUUUAGGUGGAAGCCCAGGGCUCCCCUGUGAGCCUGUGUAGAUCUCUUUGGGAGGAAGAAAAAAAAGGACCAUGGCUUAAUUGCCACCUGAAUCUCUCCUCCCAAAUUUUAACACUUGCUUUGCUUAUACCUGCCCAUUUUGCACUGAACAGUCUAUGAAUGUUUGGUACUGGAAUGUUUUAAUUGCCAGCAAAUGCUCCAUGGUAACCUGUUUUAUGCUGUACUUUGGUGAAAUUGAUGUGAUCAGUGGUUUCUCUGUGGCCUCUGCUACGUCCCAUUUUCCUGCUUCUGUCCUGGAGAUGCAGAGCUAGGUCACACCUGCACAACUGUUUAAAAAAUAAAUGUGCCUGAGUAUCAUCAUGUGUUCUUAAAACUAGGCACUGCUAAAGACAGAAAUGAUGCAAAAAUAUCAUUCAGAAAUAAAUCCUUCCAUUAAUAUACUGACUCCCAUUUUCAAUGACUACUUUGAGUCUUUUCCCUUCCACAUUUUUUGUUCUUCUUCCUUAUGCCUAUUCAGGAAUUCCUUAAGAAUGUUUUACCUCUAAUAAACGUCAAGU